GUUCAUCCAGCCGUUGAGUGCGUGUGACAUGGCCAUUACAUCCAUCAUCGAAGACCUCGAGCAGGAUCCCUGGGUGGUGGGCAAUGCUAAGCGACCCUUGCGCAGCACCGGCACGGCACUGUCUGUGGCUAUCAGUUUAUUAGGGGUGAGUGUUGCUUAG